GGAACGAAAAAUCUAGCAAUGCCACCGAAAAAGGGUAAACUGGUCAAACAAAAGCAAUACCUCAACAAUGUAGAUAUUCCACUAUCCAAAACGGGAGCUAAAGUGCUGAAAGUAACAAAUGAAAACGUUCAUCCGCAACCCCCAACCGUCGUAAAAUCGAUCCUGAAACCAACGCCAGUUCCUCAGGAAUUGUCUUCGGCAACAGGAACCAGAACCGACACUAAGUACAAACAACCGGAACUUCACUCGACGUUGGCCGUGAGGAAACAAAUAGAGAUGGUGAAGCAGCAAGCUCACAAAGCUCAGCAGCACGCCAUUACCAGCAUCGGGGAGCUCACUCCGCGCUCCCAAAAAAUAAUCAAAUCUCAGAUCUCCAAAAAACUGAACUAUCAGUUCGAUCACGCUGCGUUCAAGGAACUGGAAUCGGUUAAUGUGAACGAUUCAGUGCUGCAACCAGCUCCCCGGUCAGCUGCGAAGGCGCGAUUCAAGUUCCAGGGAAAAAAGGAUCCCGAACCGUCGUUGAGCGAUUACUUGAACCCGAUCCCGCCACUCUACGAAACGCAACCCUAUGUACCACCGCAGAUAGCUCCUCGUAAUCCAGCCAUCAGCGGAUGGAAUAAUUUCGAUAACAUUAUGCGUGUAUUUAAACGGAUUAAUCCCAUUGAUUAACUGAAAAAAUGAACCUCGAAACGUCGAGAAUGAAAAGCAGAUGUAGAACGAAUGUAACGCAUACUGAGCAUUUAUUAAGUUUCAUGGUUUGUAUGCCUGUUCAUGCAGUUCUGUAAAGGGAAAAGAUUCGUCUAGUACAAUGUUUUCAAGGUGACAUCUAUUUUUCCUCAAGUGCACUACCAUUAAAUGCUGAAUUCCGUGUUUUUUUAAAUGUUAUUCAAAUAUAAAUUUUGUUCCACGAUUUGCUUAUCAUUUCUCUUCUUGUGUGCUGUUCAUUACACUCUAUAUCAUCACAGCGAUCCCAGAUUUUUCGGAUCAUCGUACUUUACGAAGUUCUCGCGCUAGUUAAUGUUACCGAUACGAUUGCAUUUAAAACUCAGAUACUGCACAUGGCGAGGAAGAUUCUCUUCAGUUUUGUUAACAUUCAUUUGAAGGUACUCCAACAAAACCAACGUUUCCGCCGGGUUUGAAGCAGUAAAUUCGCACGCCGCUCUCCGUUUUCCUUAGUUAUCCAGUAUUCUAACAUUUGAAUAUCACCACAUUAUCGUUUGCCAGUUUACCCCAAUUCUGUGGCCUUAUUCAAUUUAGCACUUUUGUCUAUUAGUCUUUAGUAAAAUUGUUAAAAUUUAAUUCCUAUCUCACACUAAUA